AUGUCUGGACGCGGCAAAGGCGGCAAGGGUCUGGGCAAGGGAGGCGCUAAGCGCCACCGCAAGGUUCUGCGCGAUAAUAUCCAGGGCAUCACCAAGCCCGCCAUCCGCCGCCUGGCCCGGCGUGGGGGUGUCAAGCGCAUCUCCGGCCUCAUCUACGAGGAGACCCGCGGGGUGCUGAAGGUGUUCCUGGAGAACGUGAUCCGGGACGCGGUUACCUACACCGAGCACGCCAAGCGCAAGACGGUCACCGCCAUGGACGUGGUCUACGCGCUCAAGCGCCAAGGACGACGGGGAGGUAGUGGGGAAGAGAUCAGAGAAGGAAGAUCCGCAAUGGCUCGGACCAAGCAAACCGCUCGAAAGUCCACCGGCGGUAAGGCGCCGCGCAAGCAGCUGGCCACCAAGGCAGCUCGCAAGAGCGCGCCGGCCACGGGCGGCGUGAAGAAGCCGCACCGCUACCGGCCCGGCACGGUGGCCCUGCGCGAGAUCCGCCGCUACCAGAAGUCCACGGAGCUGCUGAUCCGCAAGCUGCCGUUCCAGCGGCUGGUGCGCGAGAUCGCGCAGGACUUCAAGACCGACCUGCGCUUCCAGAGCUCGGCCGUGAUGGCGCUGCAGGAGGCGUGCGAGGCCUACCUGGUGGGGCUCUUCGAGGACACUAACCUGUUUAUUGCAAGAGCAACCAUGUCUGGUCGUGGCAAGGGUGGUAAAGGCCUUGGUAAGGGAGGCGCUAAACGUCACCGCAAAGUUCUACGGGAUAACAUCCAAGGUAUUACCAAGCCUGCUAUUCGUCGCCUGGCCCGCCGUGGUGGGGUUAAACGCAUCUCUGGGCUUAUCUAUGAAGAGACCCGAGGGGUGCUCAAGGUGUUCCUGGAAAAUGUGAUCCGGGACGCAGUUACCUACACUGAGCACGCCAAGCGCAAGACUGUCACUGCCAUGGACGUGGUCUACGCGCUCAAACGCCAGGGCCGCACUCUCUACGGCUUCGGUGGUUGAGCUCGGGAUGUGCCGGCACAGACUUUAAUCUUCCUAAAAAAAAUAAAGGCCCUUUUCAGGGC